ACUUUUGUUCCAUUAUGGCCAUAUGACAAAAAGCUGUUUGGAUGAAGCCAGUGGGAUCAGUAUUUGCUUUCCUGGCUUAUUGAGCAGAUCUUGCUUCAUUCACCACCCCUCCUCCUCUCCCUCCCUGAUAUUCUUACCCGGUAGUCCAACGUGGCCAGGUGAACGAAGGCAGGAAUGACGACAGAUGGGCCUUACAGACUGAGGGAUUAUGCAUUAGCACCAAGUAGCUCAGCAUAUUCGCCACAAACAAAUACAGGUAUAUACUCCCUCUUCUCGGAGGCAAGUGGAUUACUGCAUACAGAAACCAACAGCAUGAUGCUGAAGAGACCGGUGUGUCACAUCUUAACGACCCAACAGUAUUGUUAGAGGACGGGGUUUCAUUGAUGGACAGCAAGAGUGAGGGCAGUUUUUCUAUGGUUACCAUGGAGGUGUGGAUCUCCUCUGGAUCUGAGGAAGAGGAAGAAAACGGGGGCGCUGCUGGUAUUGGGCUGACGGACAAAGCGUCCAACAACAAUAACAAUAACAAUAACAACAACCUUUGCAGGGAGGUGACACAAGUGCUGUGUUCAGACAGAGUGGGCCAGGUCACCAAGACAUAUCAUGACAUUAAGGCCGUCACACACCUGUUGGAGGAGAAAGAACGUGAUCUUGAGCUAGCGGCCCGGAUUGGUCAGUCUCUCCUGAAACAAAACCAAGAACUGACCACCCGAAAUGGAAUGCUGGAUGAACAGCUUGAAAUUGCGAAGGAGGAGAUUGCUCAACUGCGUCAUGAACUCUCUAUGCGAGAUGACCUCCUUCAGUUUUACGCAAGCACAGAGGAAAUAGAAAAUGCUGAAUCCCAGUCAUCAAUAAAAAAGAAUGAAUCAAGCAGUUCUCUCAGCAACUUUGUCCACUAUGACUUCCUGCAGCAGAAACUGAAAUGUUUAGAGGAAGAGAACCGCAAACUUCGAUUGGAGGCCAGUGAACUCAGCACAGAGACAAGUAACUAUGAGGAGCAAGAGCAGGAGCUGAUGAUGGUGUGUGUGGAGGAGCUAUCCUCCGUCAACAAGCAAGUAGUGGAUCUAUCAGACGAGCUGGCGCGUAAAGUAGAGGAUUCUCUUCGGCAGCAAGAGGAGAUCAGCUCGCUGCUCGCGCAGAUUGUCGACUUGCAGGCCCGCUGCAAAUGUGUCACCAAUGACAACGAGGAGCUGAACCAACAUUUGAGUGCCUCGCGCGAGAGUAACCUGAAACUGCAAUCACAGCUCAAGGACCUGCAAGACAAGUACUCUGAGUGCAAGGACAUGCUGCACGAGGCUCGAGAGGACAAUAAAAACCUGCGAAAUAAGAGCCUGCCGAACAGCACGGUGCAGCGCUACACUGCUUUGGCCUCUGUCCUCCCCAUGGACAGCCUGGCAGCAGAGAUAGAGGGCACCUUCCGCAAAGGCCUGGACACGCCUUCGUCGUCAGAGUACAACAUCUGUGGGCCAAAGCGUCUAGGUCAGCCCGGCACUCCGGGAGGCCAAGACCUCGAGGCAGCCUUGCGCAGCUUAUCAGCCCGCCAACAGAACCACUCCUCUGAGCGGCCUUUCUUCGAUGUGGAGCGUGAGCGGAAACUCCUUGCCUUGGCAGCAAACAGGGAGGAGGACGAGGGCUCCAGUGGCUUCUUGACACCAAAUGACAGCCUGGCCUCCAGUUCAGAGGCAUCGACCGGCACCGACUACUCCAACAGAAGCUCCCGCCACUCCUGUGGCUCUGUGGGAUCCAGGUCAUACCUGCCCGACCGCCUGCAGAUUGUCAAACCUCUGGAAGGUUCAGUGACUCUACACCAGUGGCAGCAGCUGGCCAAACCAAACCUCGGGGGCAUCCUGCACCCUCGCCCCGGAGUUCUGACGAAGGACUUCAGAGAGCUGGAAGUGGACAUACAGCAUGUGUACAGUCUGAAUGACCUGGAGGAGGAUGAACCCGAUCUGUCGCUGCUCUCAGGAGCGACCAGCAUGGUGUCUUCAUCAUCGGGUCUCAACCUCCCUCAGACCUCUCCCACUCCCACCAUCACCACCUGCCAAGUCCCCCAGCCAUCCCUCCACACCCCCUCAUGCCCCGUUAGCCAUCACUCUAUCAGCCUGCCAUUUUGUCACAACUGUGAGCACGUGAGCACAUCGCCCGUGUCCCACAAGCAGCACUUCGGCCUGGCUGGCUCCCCCACCACAAACAUAAGCUGGUCAUCGCUGGGACUCAUGCAGCUGCUUCAAGAACGAGGUAUCUCCGCCUCCUCCUCUCCCCACCGUCACAUACACAUCCCCAGCACUGAGCCGUGGCGCGGCGCUGCCAUUGAGCAGGUCUCAUGCACAGACACGGUCGGGAAAAGCAACACUUUCAGCUUGAACUUGGUGGAGAAGCUUCAGAGUCUCGGGAUGCACAGGGUGGCCGCUCGGGGGAUGACAUGCGGUGACGCACCGAUCACUUGACGCCGACGCACCUGUCUUUAUGUGUGCUGCAGCCAUACUUUCGAUUUGUUCUUUGUAUGUGCUCCUCUUGUUUUCUACUGUCAUUGCAAUAUCUACGCUCCUUCAUGGAGCAUCAUUUCAGGACAUGGACAUGAGAAUCUACGUCUGAUUAGUUGCAGCCAUAGCCUCUUUUUACAAAAAUGUCCCAAAAACGUUUUAUACUGGUAAUUUUAUACUGGUAACACGCAUCACCACACUGUUGAACUUCCAAAUGCACUGAAAACACACUGCUGUAUUGUUGUAUGUAAGAAGGGUUCAUGUCAUCAACGAAAUGAAGAAGCAGUGCACUAAAUUAUGUCAUUAAUGUUAUUUAAUGUACCUUGCUUGCAUCACUUGUUUUCACAUAAAAUGUUUUUAAUUCUGGGCAUCCUAAACCACUGUUGCACCAAGCCAAUGAAUGUGAUUGUAGGAACAAACAAUAGCACCCAUGAUGUCAUAGGAAAUGUCACAUGACGCGGUCAUAGGAUAUCGUAGAUUUAAAAGGGAAUAAGACUAAUUAACCAGCUCACCUUGUUUGUAUUUGCAUCAGCUGUACAUUUAACGUGUACCACCUGUAAAUAAAAUGUGAACAUUUUGGUUUUGUGGUGCUUUCAUGAAACUCUUUCGUUGUACUUUGCAAAAAGUGUUUAUUCAUGAAGUGAGAGUAGGAAAUCAGUGACAACAUUUGAAGUCAAAGCAUUGGAGAGGCGGCGGAGGCGGCCAUGCUGUUGUGCUUCAUUCUGCAUUUCUGCGUCCGAAAUCCAACCAGCCCCGAUAGUCGCGGUCCAACAUGCAGUCUGAGUUCACCACCUCUGUGGACAGAGCAUUCCUACAUGAACCUCACAUAAAGCUUCUGAAAUGAAAUGCAGUGGAACCUCGGCUAGCGUCAUUAAUACCGAAACGUACUCUAACCAAAUCAAUCUUUCCCAUAAGAUAUAAUGUCAAUCCCAACAUGUUAUUAGAUAGUUUUACAUGCAGAAAACAAUUCGAAAUGCAUAUAAAUGAUGAGUGAAAGGGGUAAAUGAACACUGACAAAGACGGCCAUGAGGCAACGAGAUCCUCACGGACACCGCCUUUGUGUUUUGCUACGAGUUAUUUCUGGAAUUUAAUUGUGUUUCUCGUCUUUUUUUUAAUCAAAGUGCUGCCAUUUGCAACUUUCUUCGGCGUCAUCGUGGGUUAUUUUGCAGCCAUGAUCAAUAAGAAAAGCAGAGGCUUGCGGCAUAGCUGCAUUAAUUAGCAAAGAACAGAGUCAGCCGACCCAUAUUGUUUGCUAACCGUGAAAUGUACUCGAACCGAGGCAAAUGUAACGAACUGGGAAGUACGCUCGUGCUUAAAAACAGUUUCUACCUUUCAAAAGCACAAUAACUUCUCUUGUGCCCAUAAAACAUGCUGGCAGCCAUUUUGGGAAGACAGAUCAUCUACCUCACUGGGCUAUUCACAUUUCACUGGAAAGCUCGGGAUGCUUUUUGAAACUGUAUGCUGUACAUUUCACCUGUAUUAUCAGGUGUUUAUUCAUUUUUGAUGACCAAAUGACCUAUUUUUGGUUUUUAAAAAAAGUUCAAUAAUUUUUGGAUGAUGAAUGCCGAGUUGCGAAUGUGAUCCACUGUACACCUGAGCGUCUUUUGGACGUCUUCCCAUGUACUGGCUUUAUGUAAGACUCAUGAGCACAACCGCAAACUUUCACACCCCAAACACAGAGCAUACCUGAGAUUGCUUGCAUGACUUGUUUGGUGAUAAUCUCGCGUUCGUCCUCCGUAAGGCGUGCCCGUCUCUCCGUGCGUGGAGACUCCUGUCUGCCAGCUAAGUCUCUCGCUGCCUCCCUCCUGGCUUGCAGCUGCUCUACUUUUCUGCUCUCAGCUUCAGCUGCACUGGCGAGCAGCACCAACACCAGCGCACACGCUGCCAUCGUGUUCCAAGACAUGACUGCUCACUUGGACCGCAAAAGAUAUCCACUCAUGAUGCUCAACUUUGCCCUUUUUAUAACACCCGUAAAGCCUUACAGCUGCAUAACAGUCAAAUAUCCAAUACCUGGUAAAAAGCUUUUGAUUGAUUGGUUGACAGGUGAACCAGGAGGAUGUGCGUCAAGGAAACAAUGCUUGACUGAUCAUUCCGCUUGUGGGAAAGCUUUCUGCACUGUAAUAACAGUAAAACAAAUCAAUCUAUUUAUACUUGCGAUCCAAUAGUUCCUUCAACAAUUCUAAUGUUGUAAGCAAUCACAAUCUCUGGAGGCUUGGUUGCAAGGGUGAAAAAAAACACCCCUGUUGACGGACGUUUGACUCAUACUGGUAAAGAAAACACAAAACUGCAUUUGCGUCACGCUUUUAUUAUGUCCGGGUCACUAUUUUCUGUCAUGGUCCCCCUAGGGGACAGAUUUUUUUUGGAUCAACCUGAUCUGUUUCACAACUGAACAGUGCAGUUUUUAAAUGAAACUUUUUAUUAUUAAGGGAGAAAAAAAAAUCUAUUUCUGAAGCUUUGGUACUCCAGCAAACCACAGUGAGAGCCAUUAUCCACAAAUGGCAUAAACAUGGAACAGUGGUGAACCUUCCCAGGAAUGGCCGGCCAACCAAGAUUACCCCAAGAGCGCAGCGAUGACUCAUCCAAGAGGUCACAAAAGACCCCACAACAACAUCCAAAGAACCGCAGGCCUCACUUGCCUCAGUUAAGGUCAGUGUUCAUGACUCCACCAUAACAAAGACGCUGGGCAAAAACAAGUUCCAAGACAAAAACCACUGAACCAAAAACCAAGAACAUUAAGGCUUGUCUUAAUUUUGCCAGAAAACAUCUUGAUGAUCCCCAAGACCUUUGGGAAAGUACUCUGUGGUCUGACGAGACAAAAGUUUAACUUUUUGGGCGGUGUGUGUCCCAUUACAUCUGGCGUAAAAGUAACACCGCAUUUGAGAAAAAGAACAUCAUACCAACAGUAAAAUGUGGUGGUGGUAGUGUGAUGGUCUGAGGCUGUCUUGCUGCUUUCAGGACCUGGAAGACUUGCUGUGAUAAAUGGAACCAUGAAUUCUGCUGUCGACCUAAAAAUCCUGAAGGAGAAUGUUCGGCCAUCUGUUCGUGACCUCAAGCUGAAACCAACUUGGGUUCUGCAGCAGGACAAUGACCCAAAACACACCAGCAGGUCAACCUCUGAAUGGCUGAAGGAAAACCAAACGUAGACUUUGGAGUGGCGUAGUCAAAAUCCUGACCUGAAUCCCAUUGAGAUGCUGUGGCAUGACCUUAAAAAUGCGGUUAAUGCUCGGAAACCCUGCGAUGUGGCUGAAUUACAACAAUUCUGCAAAGAUGAGUGGGCUAAAAUUCCUCCACAGCGCUUUAAGAGACUCAUUGCAAGUUGUGACAAACACUUGAUUGCAGUUGUUGCUGCUAAGGGUGGCCCAGCCACUUAUUAGGUUUAGGUUUCACUUUUUCACACUGGCCCAUGUAGGUUUUGACUUUUUUUUCUCCCUUAAUAAUAAAAAGUUUCAUUUAAAAACUGCAUUUUGUGUUCAGUUGUGUUGUCAUUGACUAACAUUUAAGUUUGUUUGAUGAUCUGAAACAUUUAAGUGUGACAAACAUGCAAAAAAAUAAGAUAUCACGAAGUGGGCAAACACUAUUUCACACCAAUGCAUCUGUACAAACCACUGUAUG